AUGGAUGAAUUUUUGCAUUAUGAACGUUUAGCCCAAGGUUCAGAUAACAAUGCGACUCCACCGGGUCUUAAUUUAGCAAGAACUGGAGAAUACCUAAAUAAUCUGAGACUGGAGGAUUUAAAAAGGCGAAAAUUAACAAAACGUUAUGAAGAUGCGCUAAGUAAUCCAAAUAAUUUUAUUCUAACAUCUCCCUCCUCUCCUGGAACAGCAGCUGCUUCAAAUGCUGCCCAAUCGCCACGUGAUUUAUGCUUAAAUGCUGGAACCAAAAGAGAUCAACUCAUCGAUAAUCUUAGAUCACCUCCACCCUUUUUAUCAAGAAAUCGGAAAGCACGAGAACAGCUUUCACCAUUUUAUCAGAGCCCUCCAGUUAAACUAUCUCGAAGAGAGAAGUAUAAAAAAGCUCUUCUUAAUGAUUUUAAUCAAAGAGCUCAAAACAAUGUGAAAUUCGUUGAUAAUCUCACAUCACCACCACCCUUUUUAUCAAGAAAUCGGAGGGCAAGAGAACAGCUUUCACCAUAUUAUCAGAGCCCUCCAGCACAAACGAGACCAGAAUUCAUGCAAUUUAGUCCCGGUGGGCCAUUUAUGAAUUUUAGUCCUACAAUUCAACAAACUCCAAGUCGUCACACACCAUCUGGUCCAAGAGUCAAUUAUUCUCCACGAGCUGUCCCUUCAACUAAAAAAAUACGAAAAACCUUGAGGUUUACGGAUGAAACUAGAAAUAAUGCGCAUCAAAAUUUAACUCCACCUUCAAUUUCAAUAACACCACCAAAUCGACCUCCGUGUUCUCCCAAAUAUAGGACUCCAACACGAAGAACUGUUGAUGAGGAUUUAAUUGAAUUUAAUCCACUUCAUCCUUGCAUGCCAGCUCCCAAACCUCCUAGUUUACCAUCCCCUCUUCGACCAGUACCAGUCAAUAUGGUUAUCCAAAGACACCAAGAUGAUAACAGUGCUCAGAACCAGGUACGAGAACCUAUUCGACAAGUACCAGUAAAUGUUCAAAGAGACCAAGGCCAAAACAGAGCUCAGAACCAGGAACGAAAAGUUAUUCGAGAAAUAACAAUAAAUGUUCAAAGAGAUCAAGAUCAAAACAUUGUUCAGAACCAGGUACGAGAGACUUUUCGACAAGUACCAGUAAAUGUGGAUGUCCAAAGAGACCAAGGCCAUAACAGAGCUCAGAACCAGAUGCCAGAACCUAUUCGACCCUUCAACGAUAAUGAACGCGAAUUUCUGAUUCGACGUUUAGUAAUGAACGGAGUUAAUCAACUACGAGCUGCCCAAAUGGUUCUCGGUGGUAAAAAAUGA